AGCGACCGAGCGCGCAGCCGCGGGCCGCGCAGACCCCAGCGCGUGUCUCUCAGGAGAUUGAUGGCAGCGCUGACCAAUAGAAAGGCGCAAGCCGCAGGCGCUGGCCAAUAGCAAGGCGCAGGGGGGAGGCGCGGCCAAUGGGCGCGGAGCGUGGGCGCGGGGGCGGGGCGUCUGGCGGCGCCGGGCGCAGCCAUGCUCCGCAGGUCGCUGUGGCUCUGCCUGUGCCUGUGCUCCUGCCCGGCCCGCGGUCUGCGCAUCCAUGAAUAUUUGUAUUUCCAAGUGCUGAGCCCUGGGGACAUCCGCUACAUCUUCACCGCCACCCUGGCCAAGGAUUUUGGGGGCGUGUUUAACACGAGGUACGAGCAGAUCUACCUGGUGCCGGCGGAUCCUCCCGAAGCCUGCGGAGAGCUGAAUAAUGGGGUGUUCAUCCAGGACCAGAUCGCUUUGGUGGAGAGGGGGGGCUGCUCGUUCCUGUCGAAGACGCGUGUGAUCCAGGAGCACGGCGGACGGGCGGUGAUCAUCGCGGAUAACGCCUACGAUAACGACAGCUUCUACAUCGAGAUGAUCCAGGACAGCACCCGGAGAACGGCCGACAUCCCCGCGCUCUUCCUGCUGGGCAGGGACGGGUACAUGAUCAGACGCUCCCUGGAGCAGCACGGGCUCCCCUGGGCCGUCAUCUCCAUUCCCGUCAACGUCACCAGCAUCCCCACGUACGAAACGAUGCAGCCCCCCUGGACCUUCUGGUAGCAGCAGGAAGCCGCCACGGUGGAUCAAGGACUUCUCAGCGGAUCCCAAGAGCUCACCCCAGGGACAAAGCUUGAGGAAAGAGUCCAGAGAUCUCACAGGAUUGAGCACAGAGAUCAUUCUGCUGCUGCCGGCAAACACAAACCCCCAGGAAUGCUGAGCGGGGCACCGAGAACUCUCUGUAGUGACUUUAUGGGAGGGAGGUGAUGGCCCAGGACGGGGCAGCGCUCCCUCGAGAAACAUUUUAAAUUGUGUGUAAGAUGCCACCAGGAAUUUGUGCUGCUGAUUUAGGUGCAGGGUUGCGUGGAUGCAGUCUGGCAGGAAUGGGAGUGAGAUGCAGGCUUGGUCUCUACUAGCAAGGCUGGCACAACGGCUGGAUAAGAUUCUUGUCUGAGCUAAUGAAGUGUGAACAAAUUUUA